AUAUCUAUGAAAUACAAAUUGAGUAUUUGUUGAUAUUGUGAUUUUGAUUUUGAUUUGAUUUGAUUUGAGAAUUUGAUUUAGGUAUUAAAAAUGACAACUUUUCAAAAUCAGAACCAAAAUCAAAAUCAAAAUGAGUGUGAAACUGAACCCAAAACCCUAAACACAAACCCUUAUCCUCCUCCAACUGCUCUCUACUCUGACCUUGUUCGUGAUGCUAAUCUUUUUAGGGAAAAGCUUCAAUCUUUUCAUGAUUCUUUUGGUACCAAAUUAAAAAUUCCUACUAUAGGAGGGAAGCCACUAGAUCUUCAUCACCUUUUUAUCGAAGUAACAUCUCGCGGAGGUGUGGAAAAGGUAAUUGUAGAUCGUAAAUGGAAGGAAGUAAUUAUGACCUUCAACUUCCGAGAUACCAUAACAAGCGCAUCAUUCAUGGUGCGCAGGUACUAUCUAUCAUUGCUUUAUCACUUUGAGCAAGCGUAUUAUUUGGGCAAACAAUCCCCUCCCUCACCACCUAGUGCUCUGAGUGGGAGCCUUGCCAAUAGCUCCUCAACCAACAAGGAGGGUGCUGCUACCAAUUAUUCGCCUCGUCAGGUUAUUCCAGCACAGACAAUUGGUUCUUCAUUGCAUGGAACAAUUGACGAGAAAUUCGACGGUGGAUAUAUAGUUACGGUGGACCUAGGUUCUCAACAGCUGAAAGGUGUCCUGUAUCAUGUUUCAAGUAAUGUAUCUCAGAGUUCAUACACUAAAGGUUUAUCAGGAGAAAGAGUUGAGAGGUAAAGAAAGAUACAAGAUUGAAAUGUUGAUGUACAAAUUCAUCGGUUCAUCUCGGAUCUUUUGUUCUUUUCUUUUAUUCUUGUUAUAGUUGUUUUUAUUCUAACAUUAUGAAGAAAAUUUCCUCGUGAGAAAACCGAUGGAUUAGAAAGAUAGCUUUUAGACGAUUCCGGUGUAAAUUAUGGUGAAUGAUUCUGUUAAGCAUCUUGUAGUAGUGUUCAAUUUGUUGUAGUUUUUUCAUUCAUUCA